UGGUAAAGUGCAAGUCACGGCUGCUGGAGUCCUCGGUACUCAAAUGAAAAGCUGCAUAUCUAGCAAAUUUUACUUUUUAAUGGGAAUAUAAAUUUUUGUUGAGGUGCUGUCUUUCAACCCUAAUCCUUUCACCAAGAAUGAAACUAUUUAAAAGUUAAGAUGCCAACAGAUCACGAGGAGCCCUGUGGUCCCCGUCACAGGGCGUUUUGCCUGAAUGGGGGGAUUUGUUAUGUGAUUCCUACCAUUCCCAGCCCAUUCUGUAGGUGCAUUGAGAAUUAUACAGGAGCUCGUUGUGAAGAGGUUUUUCUCCCAAGCUCCAGCAUCCAAAGCCAAAGUAACCUGUCAGCAGCUUUCGUGGCCCUGGUGAUCCUCGCCGUCACCCUCGCCAUCGCAGCGCUCUGCUUCCUGCGCAGGAAGGGCCACCUGCAGAGGGCCAGUUCAGUCCAGUGUGAGAUCAGCCUGGCAGAGACAAGCAACACCGGUCCCCACCACAGUCACAGAGAGCACUGAAGACACAGCCAGUAAGGGGCGCUAUUGAGUCAUCUUACACAGGCAGAGAGUGGACCGUGAACCACGCAA